AUGGUGUUAAAGGUUAAAGUGAGGCUUAAGUACUCGCAGAAUCACAUCGUCUGGCUAUUUAAACGGGGUCGCGGUCUGACCGGCCUCAAGAACCUGGGCAACACCUGCUACAUGAACUCCAUCAUCCAGUGCCUGAACAACACCGCCAUCCUUGUCGCGUACUUCUGCAAUGGCCAGUACCUGGAACACUGUAUACAAAAUGAUGUGACCGUUGGGUACGGCAUCGGCAUCGCCAGGUCGCACAGCACGCGCGGCGCCAUCGCGGAGGAGCUGGCGGCGGUGGUGCGCGCGCUGUGGUCCGGACAGUACCGGUUCAUCGCCACCAAGGAGCUCAGGGAAAACCUGCCCCCCUCAGAGAAAGCAUGGCACGAGUACACAAAAUCCAAGGAGAGUUUGAUCCUCAAGCUGUUCUACGGGCAGAUCAAGUCAACAGUCCGGUGUACAGUCUGCGGGAAGACUGCCACAAACUACGAGUCGUUCUCAAAUUUGUCUCUGGAAUUACCGGCGAAUGCUGCCAGAUGCACCCUUAGUACCGUCCCCGGCUGGAACUGUCCCAACUGCAAACAGAAGCGCGACGCGGUCAAGAAGCUGGACAUAUCCAGGUUACCACCAGUAUUGGUCAUACAUUUCAAGAGGUUCUACGUCGACCCCAAGGAGUACUCACAGAAUGCGUAUAGUGAAAUCAAGCGCCGCCUAUAUACUGUUCUAUACGUCGUGUGGCUCCCGGCUCGCGUGAUGAGGACCAUGAGCCCGGGGCCAGUGUCCACCGGGGCCAAUGUCCACCGGGGCCAGUGUCCACCGGGGCCAAUGUCCACCGGGGCCAGUGUCCACCGGGGCCAAUGUCCACCGGGGCCAGUGUCCACCGGGGCCAGUGUCCACCGGGGCCAAUGUCUAUCGGGGCCAGUGUCCACCGGGAAGGGUCCACAGGGGCAAGUGUCCACCGGAGCCAACGUCUAUAUGAGCCAUGGUCCAUGGUCCAAGGGCCAAUGUCUAUAG